UAUUUUUGAGACAGAGAGACAGAGCAUGAACGGGGGAGGGUCAGAGAGAGAGGGAGACACAGAAUCGGAAGCAGGCUCCAGGCUCUGGGCCAUCAGCCCAGAGCCCGACGCGUGGCUCGAACUCACGGACCGCGAGAUCGUGACCUGAGCUGAAGUCGGCCGCUUAACCGACUGAGCCACCCAGGCGCCCCUUAAGCUUUUCUUUUUAUGUACUCUCUGCACCCAACAUCAGGCUCAAAAAGAAAAGUUUUUUUUUUUAAUGUUUAUUCAUUUUUGAGAGAGAGAUAGAGUGUGAGUGGGGGAGGGGCAGAGAGAGAGGGAGACACAGAAUAGGAAGCAGGCUCCAGGCUCCCAGCCGUCAGCACAGAGCCCGACACGGGGCUCAAACCCACGAAUCGUGAGAUCAUGACCUGAGCUGAAGCCGGACACUUCACUGACGGAGCCACCCAGGCACCCCAAAAGAAAAGGUUUUUUAAAGAGACAUUUAAAGAGCUCUUAAGGGGCUUUAGGAUAAUAGUUUCAAUGCUGAUUAAGUACUUUUCUCACAGAAGACUCCCUAGAAGCCAUUUCUCUUUGAUCACAGUUCUCCUUUCCUAAUACCUCCUCAUCUUCAUGUUCUUCUUUUUUGUAAUCUCUUCAGUUUAGACUUUUCCUGAACCACCUUCUCACCUGACCGUGUUUGCUCCAUUCCCUUCGGUCACUUUCAUUUAGCUCCAACCCCUUCACACCACUAGCAUUUCCUCCCCAGAGAGCAGGUAAUAUUUACAUCCCCCUGUUGUGUGAUCUCAGUGUUCACAGCUUCAUGACCCCAUUCCUCACAGAGCAGCUUCUUAUAUUCCAGCUUUGGACUUUCAUGUCUUGCAGACGGCAAGUCUGGACCUGAAGCCGAGAAGUCAACACUACAGCAGCAGGACAUUUUCAAAGAAAUUCCAUCCCGAGGAAUAAACACGGAACUUACAAAGAUAAAGUCUGUAUUGGGAGGUACCUGGAGACCCAGAGAACAGUUUAAGAAUCAGCACAUCUGGGACAAGACAAAGUCACCUGCAUGGAAAUUCCUGCCCAAGAAAGAGGUAUAGAAGCUAAUGAAUUUGGAAAAGCUGUCACUGUACAAGCAAUAAUUUCGGAGCAGUGUGUGCCUGUAGAACAGUGUGUUCGUGAACAUGCUACACGUGGGAAAAUCUUCCAACAAAACUCAGACUUAAUUAUACAAAGGGAGUGUGAUGGAAAGAGACCUUGUGAAUGUAGUGGAUGCGGGAAAGCCUUAAGAGACCACACCACUCUUAUUCAGCAUGAAAGAACGCAUACUGGAGAGCGACCCUACAGAUGUAACGAAUGCGGAAAGGGAUUUAACCAGAGUUCCCACCUAACAAACCAUCAGAAGACUCACACAGGGGAAAAGCCCUACAAAUGCAAUGAAUGUGGGAAGGCCUUCAGUUAUUGUUCAGUCCUUAUUCAACAUCAGAGAAUUCAUAGUGGGGAGAGACCUUAUGAGUGCACUGAAUGCGGUAAGACGUUUAGUCGUAGCACAUACCUUACUCAGCAUCAAAGAAUUCACACUGGUGAGAAACCCUAUAAAUGUCUUGAAUGUGGAAAGGCUUUUAGCCAGAGCACGCAUCUUACUCUACAUCAGAGAAUUCAUACUGGAGAGAAACCUUACGAAUGCAGUGAAUGUGGUAAAACCUUCAGUCAGAGUGCACAUCUUACUCAACAUCAAAGAAUUCAUACGGGAGAAAAGCCCUAUGAAUGUAAUGACUGUGGAAAAGCCUUCAGUGAUCACUCCGCUCUUAUUCGACAUCAUAUCAUCCACACUGGGGAGAAACCUCAUGAAUGCAAUGACUGUGGGAAAGCUUUCAGCUACUGCUCCGACCUGAUUCAACACCAGAGAACACAUACUGGAGAGAGACCAUACAGGUGCAGUGAAUGUGGGAAUGCCUUUAGUGACUGUUCAGCCCUCAUCCAGCAUCAAAGAAUUCACACUGGGGAGAAGCCCUAUGAGUGUAGUGAAUGUGGGAAAGCCUUUGGUAACUACUCAGCUCUCACUCGCCAUCAAAGAACUCAUACUGGGGAGAAACCCUACGAAUGUAAGGAAUGUGGCAAAACCUUUAGCAGAAGCACAUACCUUACUCAACAUCAGAGGAGUCACACAGGAGAUAAACCAUAUAAAUGUCAUGAGUGUGAGAAAACUUUUGCCCAGAGUUCAUUCCUUACGCAACACAUGAGGGUUCACACUGGAGAAAAACCCUACAGGUGUAAUGAAUGUGGGAAAGCUUUCAGUGACCGCUCAGGGCAUAUCCAGCAUCAGAGAACUCACACCGGUGAGAAGCCCUAUGAAUGUAAUGAUUGUGGGAAAGCUUUCAGUUUCUGCUCAGCCCUUAUUCAACAUAAGAGAAUUCAUACUGGAGAGAAGCCCUAUAAAUGCAGUGACUGCGGAAAAGCCUUUAGUGAUAGGUCAGCACUUAUUCAACAUCAGAGAACUCACACUGGAGAGAAACCCUAUAAGUGUAACGUAUGUGGAAAAGCCUUCAGUCAGAGUACGAACCUCAGAAAUCACCAGAAAACUCAUUCUAGUGAAAAAUCCUAUAAAUGUAGUGAAUGUGGAAAAGCCUUUAGUUACUGCUCAGGCCUCAUUCAACAUCAAAUCAUUCAUACUGGAGAGAAGCCUUAUGCAUGCAGUGAAUGUGGCAGAGCCUUCAGCCGGGGGACGGACCUUAAAAAACAUCAGAAGACUCAUACUGAAGAGAAACUCUACAAAUGUAAUGAAUGUGGAAAAGCCUUUAGCCAGAGCACGUAUCUUACAAAACACCAGAAAAUUCACAGUGCAGAGAAAGCAAAUAUACAUACUGCCUGUAGGAAAACCGUUAAGCAAAACUCUUCUGUUCAACGUGAAAAAUCUCACACUGGAGAGAAGUCCUCUGAACGCCUUGAGAGUCUGGCUGCUGUGGAGACCAGGGAAACAGAAGGAUCAUGAAAACUGUCAACUAGAGUGGCCACAUGGCUUAGUGGGAAGAGCGCAUUUAUGGGUUUUAGAGGUCCUGGGUUCUAAUCUCAGCUCUAUUACUAACUAAGUGCAUUGCUUACUUUAGGGUAAGUCACUUUACCUCUUUAAGCCUUAAUUUACUCACCUGAAAAAUUUGAAGGUCUGACUAAAUGAUCUUUAAGAUCCACAUUUAUUUUAUUUAUUACCAAUGUAGGCUUUUACAGAGGUGAUUCUUAAAUUGUGACCUAUUUAUUCUACAACAGUUCUGAUUUACAUUGUGAGGAUGUGGCCGUCAUUAUGGAUUCAAUAAAGAUAUGGCCUACACACUAUUUAUUACCAUGGGUCCUCCAAAAUUAAACAUACUAUGAAUAUUCAAGGAAAUUAAGAGAUAAAGUAAUAUGAAUUCUGUUAAUUGUUGCAGUAGGAAGGUUGGGAUCUUUUCUUGAUUAAGAAUAUGGUGUUGGAUAAAACCUCAAAAAGAAUGAAUCAAAUUAUUGGUAAAGGCUGGGUUACCUAGAAUCCACCCAAACUUAAUGGUGCAAUAUAAAUUUUUUCUAUUAAGUUCAAUUGGUUGCUAUCAUGUCCCAAGUGAAAAAGAACUGGAAAGCAGUUCUAAAGUCUUGAGCAGAUUUCUAAGAACAGAUGAAAUUGGAAAGUGUAUUUGCCAUUUCCACCUAAAUAUGUAAAGGCCACGUGAAUGAAAAUGAAUGUUGAUCUAGGAAAGUCCGUUGGUCUCUGGUCUUUUUCCUGUGAUUACAGAGACAAUAGCCUGAAAAUAUGAAGAUUUAUUUCAGAAGCCUGUGAUACUAAGUUGACCAGUUAAUUUUUUUCCAGAUUUUCUGUCAUGCCUGUGCAUUGUUUUAUAAUCAAAGAAACAAUAUUUAAAAGGAAUUUGAUAACUAAGCAAAUUUAAUGGUUUUGGAAUAGGAGACUACUUUAGCAAAUUAUGCAAUGGAUUUAAAAACUCUGAGCACAAGUUUAAGACUGUCAUAAAGCUGUUUUGUGGCAUUUUUGUUGUUGCUUUCUCAGCCUGUUUCCCCCUGCAGCAAACAUCGCUUUCCCACUCUGACCAUGUGCUAACUGCACUUAGUAUACCCUUCUUGUUUACCUUUCUCAGCCCUCUUUCAAGCUUCAUCUUAUGGCCUGGCACACACACAGUGUCGGGUGGUGGUGGUGAUGAUGGUGAUGAUGAUGGUGAUGACGAUGGUGAUGAUGGGGUGAUGAUGGUGAUGGUGGUGAUGGUGAUGGUGAUGAUGGUGGUGAUGGUGAUGAUGAUGGUGAUGGUGGUGGUGAUGGUAUGAUGAUGGUGGUGAUGACAGUGAUGAUGGUGACGAUGCUGGUGAUGAUGGUGGUGAUGGUGAUGAUGAUGGUGAUGACAGUGAUGCUGGUGAUGAUGAUGGUGAUGAUGGUGAUCAGCACUCAUCUCUUUUUUCUUUGCAUUUCUGUAACAUUUAUUCACAUGGACUUUUUAGUACCUAGUGGUUCCUUGAUGCUCAGUAGGAAUAUGGAAAGUAGGUUCUAUACCUUAGUUUUGAACCUUCACAGAAACUAAGUCAAAGUAGAAAUAUAGUAGAUGUUCAAUAAUCUUCAUUGAUUGAGGAAGGGAAGAUGCUGUUUACCACUGACUAAAGAAGGGCGGGUACCAUGGGAGCAUUGAUGGAGGGAUGGCGGGCCCUGUGGGAGCACUCACUGAGCAAAGGUCGAUGCUGUGGGAGCACAGAAGGAGAGAGGGCGGGCCCUGUGGGAGCACUGACUGAGGGAGGAUGGAUGCCAUGGGAGCACUGACAGAGGGAGGGUGGUGCUGUGGGAGCACUCACUGAAGGAAGGAUGAAGGGCACCAUGGGAGCAUUGUCAGAGGGAAAGCAGGUACUGUGGGACCAUUGAGAGAGGGAGGGUGGUCACCCUGGGAGCACUGACGGAGGGAGGGCAGCCACCGUGCGAGCCCUAAUGGAGGGAGGGUGGAUGCUGUGGGAGCACUGACGGAGGGAGGGAGGGUGCUGUAGGGGCGCUGACUGAGGGAGGACAGUGCUCGGGAGCACCACAGGAGGGAAGCAGGUGCCGUGACUCAGGAAAGGAAGGUGCUGUUUACCGUUGACUGAGGAAGCAUGUGUUAUAUGUGUUAUACCUAGAUGAUUUCCUUUAUCAACCCCUUAGCAACCAGGUUUGGCUCGGUAUUCAGAGAGUUUGCAUUUGUUAGGAUUAGGGGUGUCUCUCAUAACAGACCCAGACCAGUGGUGGCACACAGAUUAUGCACAUGAGCACGGGGGCUCCCUGGGCAUGGGAACUCCAAGAUGGCAGGAACACAGGCUUUCAGUCUCGUUGCCCCAUCAUCCUCGCUGUGUGCCUUGGCCUUGACAUCCAGGCAUCUUCUCCCUCUUCAAGACGGCAGAAGUGAAA